GUCGAGCACCGUCACUUAAAAACAAUAUACGACGUGUUCUUUUUGUGUGAGUUUGUUUGUUUUUUUUUUGUUGGAGAAGGAAGGAAGUGAAAACAAAUGUUGCUGUUGAAACUAUUGUUGUGUUUAUGGUUUCUAUUGCUAGAUGGAUUACAUGGCGCAGAGUUACCCUAUGAAACACUGCGCGAACGGAUUAUGGACACUGAACGAAAAGCCUCGCUGGGCGGCAAUAUGUGGCUAACAUCUGAUGAGGAAAAGGCCAAUAGCAUUCUAAUGAAUGCCAAACGUGCCGAAAUUGCCGAAGGCUUAAAAAAUCCUGAGAAAUAUCCACCAGCCAUGCAUUUCUUUCAGGGCAAACAAUUUGUGCGACAGAGUGAAGUGUUUCGUUUUAUUCAGAAGAUGCCAAAAGGCGCCUUUUUGCAUGGCCACAAUACAGGAAUGGUCAGUUCAAGAUGGAUAGUGGGAAAUCUAACAACGACCAGCAAUUUGUAUACUUGCCGGGAUGUAAGAGGACUACUGAUAUUCACCUACGAUCAGUCUAGAUGUCACAGCGAGGUGCAAAAUGUGUGUACGGAGCGUAUCAAUGCCGAGGAUCGGGAUAAAUAUGAACGUCAACUGGAAAGGCACAUCAAUAUGCAUUGUUCUCGGCCAGAGGCUCUUUUGCGAAAUCGUACAAAAAUCUGGGAACGUUUCGAAAACAUUUUCACAACUGUCGAUCGUCUAUAUAAAUAUCGACCAACCUAUUGUGCCUAUCAUAAGAGACUUCUCGAGGAAUUGUGUGAGGAUAAUAUUAUAUAUGCCGAAGUUAGAGCAUCUCUAUCACCCCUGUAUGAUGACAACAAUCGCACAUACAGCACACUGGAAGUGGCCAAUGAACUGGAACGCAUUGUCGAGGAGUUUAAGGCAAAGCAUCAUGAUUUUGUGGGUCUAAAAGUGAUCUAUGCCAAACGCAAUCGAGCCAGUGAAGAGGAAAUGGCCAGAAGAAUCACCACAUUUAAACAGCUGCAUCAUGCCAAACCAAACUUUGUGAUAGGCUUCGAUUUAAUUGGUCAAGAGGAUACGGGAGAUCGUAUAAAAAAACAUGUCAAUGAGUUAUCAAAUUUUCCCAGCACGGCCAACUAUUUCUUUCACGCCGGCGAGACAAAUUGGAAUGGUGUCAGUGAUUGGAAUAUGAUGGAUGCCAUACUCUUGAAUACCAAACGAAUUGGUCAUGCCUUUGCCUUGCCCAAGCACCCGCAACUUUGGGCCACCAUCAAAAGACGCAAUAUAGCCAUUGAGGUUAAUCCGAUAUCCAAUCAGGUUUUGGGCUUCGUCUGGGAUCUAAGAAAUCAUCCGGCUAGUUUUCUAAUAGCUGAAAACUUUCCAAUUGUGAUAUCAGCCGAUGAUCCCGGCACUUGGGGAGCCAAAGGUUUAAGCUAUGAUUUCUACUAUGCCUUCAUGGCUUUGGCUCCAGCGGAGGCGGAUCUGCGAUUCCUAAAACAAUUGGCCCUGAAUUCCAUAGAGUAUGCCGUGCUCACACCAGAUGAAAGGCGAAAAAUCAAUCGUGUAUUCCAAAGGAAGUGGCAAGAGUUCAUUGCCAAUGUAUUGAAUCCAAAAUACUAAGUGAAAUAUAUGCUAAAACUACUUA